UCCGGAUCCGCCAUCCUGAGAGAAGCCUGUAGUCAGAGCUGAGCAGUAACUGCCGCUUUUACGUAUUGCCAUUCACCUUUUUUUUUCUAACCUAUUCCACAAGCGUGCCAACAACACUUACCAGCGCUAUAAUAUUUAGUCAGCUCCCUUGUCAUUGUUUAACUAUUUUCUAAAUACCAAUCUUUCUCCUUAUUCAACAUGGCAGACAGUAGUCUUGAUGAUUUUUUCGCUAAGAAGGACAGAAAUAAAAAGAAAUCUAAGCAAAAAACAGCACCUUCUGAAUUUAUAGCCCAACCAGAAACAGUGACCCGGAAAACGAAAAAAAAGCCAGAAAAAGAAAAGCAAACUACCAGUAAUGUGGUCAGAACACAACCUUCAGAAGAGGAUCUUGAAUGGAAUGAUUAUGAACAAGAAACUGAAAAGGAUUAUUCUGGCUUGAGGAUACAAAAUCUACAAAUUAAAUCUGAUGAUGACGACGAUGAUGAGAAUGAAUUGAAUCAAGAUAAUAAUGAAAAUUCUGAAUCUGGAGAAAGGCAAGAGAGUAGUCAAGGGCCUUGGAGUAAACAAGGCGCACAAACACCUCCAGCUCCCUCUCCAACACCUGCACAAGAAACUCCAGAACCAGUAGCUCCAGUAGCUCAGGAAACACCAAAAUCAGUUGGACGAUAUAUACCACCUUCUCAACGUGGUAACAGUUCUAGUGCAGCAUCAGUAACAAGAACAAGAUUAGCUAAAAAAACAGCUCCGAAUAUUCAGAGUGAAGUUGAUUUUCCAACCCUUGGAGGCGGCGGUACUAAUGACGUAGAGAAAAAAUAUAUAGAUCGAGUUCGUAAUAACAACCGCAACUAUGAAGAUCCAUCAAAUCACAGUUUACCACUGAAAUUAAAUAAUAAAUUUAAAGUUCUCGAAGACUAAAAAUAAAUCAUAUUGAACUUUGCCAGGGCAGGGACUGAGCAGCUUAGUUUGUAAGUAAAAUAAAAUUGCUAUACCAAGGAAAAAUUCUGAUGGACUUGAAUGAGUUUUAAUGAAGUCUAAAGCUGUCUAAGUCCUCCUAUCUUGGAAACCAUGAGCUGCUGUUGCCUGUGAUACCUUCCAUACACCAGUCCUAGCAUGGCAGAUAGCAUUAUCAAUUCGUGUUCUACUUGCCAUUGCUGCUUCACACUGGGAAUAUCUUGUUGCAUUCUUUUUACUUUUCUCGAUCUUCUUGAGAAAGGUGUUUUUAUCUCCUUAACAUGCCAAAAUAUAGAUGCACACAUUUUUGUGUGCCACCUUUGAGAAUUCAAGGUAACAACUGACACCCUUGAAUUUAUACAAAUUAUGAAAAUAGAUUUUAUUUAUGAUUUAGUAAUAUUAGCUGAAUGAAAUGAAAUUAAUAAUGUUACUUUCUGAAGGUUUUUUUUUUUUUUUUUUCCAGUCAAUUACUUAACAGUAAGUAAACAUUUGUUAUAAACAAUCCCCUGACAAGUAUGAACACGCACACACAUACAAAAAUGCAAAGGCAUAUAAUUCACACAGAAAGUUAAGUUCUUUGUUAUUAUCUGAGAAACUUUGAUGCAACAGUUAAAAUGUAUAAAAUAAAGCAAUAAUGCUCUGAAUUUUC